ACUGCUGUACAGGAAAAGGUCUGGUCAAAAUAUGAGAAAAAAUACCAAGUUCUAACCUGUAGGGUCAUGCUUUCCAGCAUAUUGGUCAUUUGCUCACAAAUCAAAAUAUGCUAUGUCAUUUGGAAAAUAUAUGCUGCAUGGAUACAUUCUUAUUACCUGAUUUCUGAAACAACAAAUCUCAUUUUAUGCUAAAGAGCAAAAUUAUACUUCCUAAGGCUGAUAUCAUCCCAGUGUUUUCAGUCCUUUUUUUCUUCAGUUAAAUCAACUCACUAUGAAAACAAACUACUCUAUAGCUGUUGCCAUAGCAUACAUACGUAAGAUGCAUGCCUAAAAAUCUGAAAUAAUAUUGAGGGCUCUGGAAUGAAGCAUCUGGAGUGUAGGAUCUAGCAGAUGAUACUUGUCUUAAUCCUACAGGUAAGAAGCUGCCAGCUUUCACAAAACAAGUCUUUAGAUAUAUUUUGUAUUUAUGCCAAAGAACAAUGUAAAUGAAAUAGCUCUUCAAAACUCAAUCUCUUUUCCUAGGCGAUAUCUCAGUGCUUUUAAGUGCCAAUGUGAUGUUGUAUUUCUAGAUUUUUAAAACAAAAGAGCAAUCUUUGUGCCUGAAAAAUCAUGUUCGGAUGCAUCCUGAAGACGCUGAAGUUCCUGGCAUUAUCCGUGUACAUACUCUUCAAAAGUUUCAUCCAAUGCAUAUUUCCUCCAUGCAAGAAGUCUUUUGCUGGGGAAAUAGUGCUUAUUACUGGAGCUGCAAAUGGGAUUGGAAGGCAAAUUGCCCUACAUUUUGCUCCUUUGGAAGCAACCUUGGUUCUUUGGGACAUUGAUGAAGAAGGUAACAGAGAAACAACCAGAUUAGCCAAAGAAAAAGGAGCUAAGCAAGUGUUUGCCUACUACUGUGAUUGCAGCAAUAGGGCAGAAGUCUAUGAACAGGCAGACAAGGUUAGAAGAGAAGUUGGGGAUGUUACUAUUCUAAUCAAUGAUGCUGGCAUACUGCACACCACAAAGUUUCUUGACACUCCAGAUGAUGAUUUUGAAAAAACCUUGAAAGUCAACUUCCUGUCUCAAGUUUGGACUUGCAAGGCUUUUCUUCCUGCCAUGGUUGCCUGCAAUCAUGGACACCUGGUCACCAUGUCUAGUGCAGCAGGACUCUUGGGAACCUACAGAUUGACAGAUUAUUCUGCUAGUAAAUUUGCAAUCAUUGGAAUGAUGGAAGCCAUUGAUUCAGAACUGGAUGAGGCAGGAAAACACGGCAUUAAAACCACAAUUGUUUGCCCCUUUUUUGUGAAUACUGAAUUAAUUAGAGGUAUUGAAACCGAACACCCGAUUUUACUUCCUAUUUACGAGCCAGAGUAUGUAGCCAGCAGGAUCAUAGAUGCAAUUCGAAAGGAAAAGAUGUAUCUGUUCAUGCCUCCAACUUUACACCUUUCUGGUUUCAAAACUUUAAUUCCCAGAAAAAUCAUACUGCUCCUGCAAUCUUACCUGGGGGUCUACAACAGCUGGGACAAGGUCAUAGGUCGGAAGAAGAAAAAUUGAAACCAUAGUAUUGUCAAAACCUCAAGUGCCAUCAAACUGGUUUUUUCGGUAAAAUCAAUUUUUAAGCUCGUUCAUUCUUUGACAGAAAAAUUGCUUCUUGUGUAAUCCUUGACAUCACUCAGCAUACAAUAUAAUUCUAAAUAAUUGUCUUUUAAUCACUGAUUCUCAGCCACAACCCUCUCUCUCAUUUUGUGACAGCACGCUGCUUACAUACUUAUCUGAGCUCUCAAAAAUAGUCAGUAAAACCAGGCAUAGAUGUUUGACUUCAUUUCUUACUCUUUGAAUUCUCAGUUUCUGAGCAUAAUUUCAAAGCACAGGAAAAAUACACUAUUGUUCAUGCAUUAAGAAAAGCCAUAAAAAAAGUUGAACGUCACUCACAUUUUAGGAAUCUUGGAAGACCUAAACAAGAUUUAGUGAAUGCCCCCUCCCUGGAAGCACUCAAGACCAAGCUGGCUGGGACUUUGAGCAAGAGGGAGAUGUCCUUGCCCAUAGCAGGGGUUGGAACUAGAUGAUCUUAAAGGUCUCUUCCAACCCAAACCAUUCUAUGAUUCUGUGAUUCUGUACCAUCACUUAGAAUAAACAAACCAUACAGAAUUGUUCUCAGUAGCCCCAGAGUGCUUUAUCUUAUAUUAAGCAACCAAGACACCUGUCAUGAACUAUAUUGCUUUCAGAAACUGUAACUUCAAUGAGAUAACCUGUUUGUUAGUGUGAAAUCUGUGAAUCCUAGAAGAAAAAAAGUUCAGGAGGAAGGAUUGGUACAGUUAUGGGCUGACGCUUGAGAAAAUCUCUUCUUGCAACUGAAUGGAAGUCACAUCCAUCUCCUUCAGCCAUCUCUCCAUGUAAAUGAAGCCAGAACGGAACACAGAAUCACAGGGGAAAAAACAUUUAAGGAGAAGAAGAUAUGGAAUUAGUUAUGCCAAAGUAUGUGCUGAUACUUAAUAGAUAAAAAUCAAUUCUUACGCAAGCUUUUGGAAAAUGCUAACAGAGUUUACAUGACAGAAAAUAAAUUUCCAGCCCCAAAGAAGGAAUGUACAAAGCACAGAUAUAGAAUUCCACACUGAGUAACUAAAGACCCCCUUAAUUAAUUACCUACUGCCUGGGUUUGUCACCAUAUUUGUACUUAUCUAAUCCCAUGCUCAAGUGCUUCCUUUCAGCUGCAGGUUUCUACUGAAGGACACACUCCCACUAAAGCCCUACUUUCUGAAAUCUCACUUUUCUCAAAUCACAUAUCCAUUCAAUACAUCCUUUAAAACACCCUGUGGAUAUUUCCCCUAUGAAUA